UGGUGGCCAAGGUGUGUGUCUCUACUCUAUUGGCAACGAUGAAGGGGCUGCUGGUCUUGACUGUGCUGUUUGUGGCCAUUCUCGGCAAGGAAACAUUUGAGGGUGACCAGGUCCUUCGUAUCACUGCGAAGGAUGAGGUCCAGCUCACUCUCCUGAAGGACCUGGCUGAGAUGGAACAUCUCCUGUUGUGGCAUGACAAUGAUCAUCAUCAUCAUCAUCAUCAUCAUCAUAUCCACCACUGAAGCCACAUAUAUAUAACCCCACCACCUCAUUCAAUACACUAUAGCCUACUGCAUUGGCAUUUCCAUUUCAAUACGAAGUUUGACAAACAUUGCAAUGAACACAGUAUGAAUUCCUAUUAAUUCACUAGACCAAGGCCUGGGAGGGAUAAAUAAUAUGUUUGUCAUGGUCAUGGGCAAAGAAACUCAAAGGGGGUGAUAAUGUUAAUUAACAAUCAUUUUGAUCCGAUUGUGCAAACAGAUCCUCAAGGAAGAUGGAUCCUUUUAAAUAUGCUAUUGGAACAAAAACAGAUUUGGCUAAUUAAGCUGGUCGAACUAUUGAUGAUCCCGCGGUCCGGAGCUUCGGCGACGAUCCACGGUCCGGGUCCUCCGGCGAUGAUCCAUGGUCCGGAACUUUCAGUGACAACCCCCGAAAUAGAGUCACCACCAAGGAUGACGGAUCCGCGAGCAGAGCGGGGUCUACGUCCCGCACCGGAGCCGCCACCGAGCUGGAUGUGUGGAUGGAGCCCAUUGACCUCUCCACUCCUGUGGACAUCAGAGUUCCCUUCACCAGUCUGCAGACUGUCAAGGCUUUCCUGGAGACUGAAGACAUCCCGUACUCCGUCAUGAUCAUGGACCUACAGGUUAUGUUGGACGAGGAGCAGGACCAGAUGCUGAGUGCACGUGCCCCUGCCCCCAGAACCACCAAUGACUACGACUACUCCAACUACCACGACAUUGCUGAUUUCAGUACUGGUGGAAUCAACAGACCUGGUAUCUGGCUUGACACAGGAAUCCAUUCCAGGGAAUGGAUAACUCAGGCUAGCGGCACCUGGUUUGCCAAAAAGAUUGUGACCGACUACGGACGUGACGCCGCCCUCACCGCCAUCCUGGACAAGAUGGACAUCUUCCUGGAGAUUGUGACCAACCCCGAUGGCUACUACUACACCCACAAUAGUAACCGUAUGUGGCGUAAGACCAGGAAGCCCAACCCUGGCUCUUCCUGUGUUGGAACUGACCCCAACAGGAACUAGGAGAGUCCAGCUCCAGUGGCAGUCCCUGCUCUGAGACUGACUGCGGACCCGAAUCUCACUCUGAGUCUGAGGUCAAGUCCAUUGUGGACUUUGUAAAGUCUCACGGCAACCUGAAGGCCUUCAUGUCCAUCCAUUCCUACUCCCAGAUGCUCCUCUACCUCUACGGUUACACCAGUACCCCCUGCAAGGACCAGAGCGAACUGCAUGACCUGGCCAUGAAGACAAUCACUGACCUGGCUUCCCUGUACGGAACCUCCUACAGAUGCAGCAGCACCAUCAACACCAUCU